AUGUUUAAGAGUUCAUCGAAAUUACGUAAGUUUUUAGACGAACUCACCAUGAGCGACAAGACGCUGCUUCUCAACGUUGAAGAACUGAUCAACUGUGCUUUUGGGUCUAUCGAUAAAAACACGGUGAACUUUAAAAUGGUUCAAGCUGUGCUCCAUAUUUUCGCGCGCCAGUUGCGUCUACUAGAGCAGGACGUAGAGAUUAAGUUUGAUGAAGUACAACAACUAGAGAAAGAAAUGAAGGAAAGAGGAGCCGAUGCUAGACACAAGCAAAGAGAUGAACAGUCGGAUAGCUCGUCGUAUGAUAGUCCUCGUGGCCAGGAGAAAUCUGUGAGAGAAGAAACGAUACCCGAAGAAGAUUUCAAUGAUCAAACUGGGGGCAGAGACACACGGGGUAAAGAUAAAGACCAAGAGAGUCGCGGAAGUUCAAAGGAUAGACAGAAAGACAAGGGAAGAGAUAAAGAAGAUAGAGGCAGAAGUGGCGAGCGUAGAGGACGCGAGGAUGACCGUGGAGGACGCGAGGACGACCGUGGUGGUCGCGAGGACGACCGUGUUGGUCGCGAAGACGACCGUGGUGGUCGCGAUGCCGAUCGUGGUGGACGCCAGGAUGAUCGUGGUGGACGUCAGGAUGAUCGUGGUGGACGCCAGGACGAUCGUGGAGGACGCGAAGCCGAUCGUGGUGGACGCGAUGGCGAUCGUGGCGGGCGUGAUGCCGAUCGUGGAGGACGCGAAGCCGAUCGUGGUGGACGCGAUGGCGAUCGUGGCGGGCGUGAUGCCGAUCGUGGAGGACGCGAAAGCGAUCGUCGCGGAAAAGAAGCCGAUCGUAGUGAACGUGAAGCCGAUCGUGGUGAACGCGAUGCCGAUCGGGGUGGACGUGAAGCCGAUCGUGGUGGACGCGAUGCCGAUCGUGGUGGACGCGAUGCCGAUCGUGGUGGACGCGAUGCCGAUCGUGGUGGACGCGAUGCCGAUCGUGGUGGGCGCGAUGCCGAUCGUAGCGGACGCGAUGGCAGUCGUGGCGGAGAAUAUGAUGAUGAGCGCGACGCACGCGGAGCUGAGCCAGGUGGGCAAGUUGGUGGGAAAGGAGGUCGCGGCGGAGAAAGUGGCAAGGAGCGUAAGGAACGCACUAAAGAUCGUGGUAAAAGUGGAGAUCGCGAUAAGGAAAGUAAACGAGGUGGGGGCCGAAGUGCGGACCGUGAGGGUCGCAGUGGUGACCGCGAGGAAGGCCGUAGCGGUGACCGCGAGGGUGGACGUAAGACAAAAGACCGUGGCGGGCGAGGUGGCCGCGAAGGGGGGCGCGAUGGUGACCGUGACGACGAUCGUGAUAGUGGGCGCGAUGGGGACAGUCGUGGGGCCAAGAGUAGCCGCGGUGGAGGCAGAGCAGAUGAUCGUGACGACAGCAGCCGCGGCGGCGGAAGUCGGGGUGGCAAAUCUCCUGACACCGUGAAAUCUGGAUCACAGGGCAGAGGUUCAGCAAGAGAGGGAUCGCGCACAAGUAUUGUAGUAUCAGAGGCCGAGCGCAAAGGUGGAAAAGGAGCUCAGGACACCGUUUUAGUCGUUGAGAAGGGUCAAGCCGGGCGACAAGAUCUUCGCCAUCGUGUUGGCAGCAUUGAAGUAGUAUCCCCUACCCAGUUUGCAAUGCUGUAUAAAGCUGUACAAGAUCUGAUGACAUUGGCGGGACCAGUGCCAAUGCCGGCCUUACCCGAUAAUGAGAAACUUCGGAAAGACCUCGCUGCCGGCACUGCGUCUCUCACGGACACCAUGCAAGCCAUGCAGUUGAAUGCCCGCGUGCAAGCGGCAGAAGAAGCGCUGACUCGUAUGGCAGGGCUGCUCACCCAGCUAGCGGCAGCUGGCGCUUUGCCUGAUGAUGUGACCAAUCAAAUCGGAAACUUUGAAGCUGACUUCAAGCAAGCUGCUAUCACUGCCUCGAGCCUAGCACGUGGUGCUGAAGGCGGAGGCGGUGGUCCGGGAGCCGGGGGCGCAGGAGCUGGUGGGGUCUUGGCGGUGCUAGCUGCUGGUACUGGCGCGGGGACAGGGGCAGGCGCAGGGACAGGCGCUGGCGCAGGGACAGGCGCUGGUGUGGGGACAGGGGUCGGUGUGGGGACAGGGGCUGGUGCGGUCGGUGCGGGUGGGGUGGGCGGCGGUGGUGGCGGUGGCGGUGUAGGCGGCGGGGGCGGUGGAGGAGGUGGAGGAGGUGCUCCUGCUGGUGGCGGAAUCAGUGCGGGAGGGGCGAAGGGGCCAGGCGUUGGGGCUGGCGGAGGCUACGGCGGAGGUGGAGGUGUAUCGUCCGGCGGCGGGCCGGGGUCAAGUUCUGGCACCCAAAGCAGCCCUACAUCGACUGCAAAGAAUCGUCAAUCGAUUCAGCAACGUAGGUCGGUGGCUGUCGAUCAGCAGAAGGCGCACGCGGCGGACAAGGACCCGCGGCACGCGCGCGCCUCCUCCGUGUCCGCGGCGCUGGCGGCCGGCGCCGGGGGGCUCACCGCCGGAGUUACACAGCCAGAGUUGGCAGAUAUCCUGCAAUGUUUGAAGACUGAAAUCAUAAAGGAAAUAUCGUCUAUGACUGCUAAGUCCUCGUUUGCUUCUGAAAAUGCAAAUAACGUCGCCAAGUCUGUAGCUGAAAAGCUCGACAUAGCAUUGAAGCUAGACAAGCGCAUCACCAAGCUUUACGGGCAGACUGCUGACUACGCUGAACAGCUGAGCGGGUUCGACUCCGGACUUACCACACAGAUGGCAAGUUUCCAAGAACAGAUGAUGCAAAUGAGGUCUGACCUGAAGGGAGGCAUCACUCAGCUGGAGUCGGCCAACAACAACGCAGAGACAGCUGCCAUAAUGGAGUUGACUGAACACUACGAGGGUCUGGUGACCGAGCUGGAUGCCACGUUGCACGCGCACCAGGGUCUCACUGCCUUGCAGAAGCAGCUGAGCGAAGAACUGAGAAGUCUCGUGGAGUGUGUGGAGAUGCUUCGUGAACAGAAGGCUGACCGUGAUGAAGUGUUCGAUGGGCUCCGAGAUAAGGCUGAUAUCAGUCGCCUGGAAGGUCUACUGCAUGAGGAUGCCUUCGCUGUGGCUCGGGACGACCUGGAGAAGCGGCUAGAAAUGUGCUACGAGAAGUUCAAGAAACAGGACCGCGUGUGGCUGGGAGCUAUUAGCGACUUAACAACAAUAGCAGAGGGCAAAGCUGAGAUUAUGCAACUGCUAGUGAUCAAGGACAACGCUACGGACGAGCUGAAGACCAUUCAGGAAACGCUGCGGCAACUGUACAUCAUGCUGGGCGAGCCCAAGGCGGCGAUGCUGACGCGCACCCUGGCGAAGGGCGCCAUGUGCGCGUCGUGCCUGGUCCCCGCGCUGAUGGAGCCCUUCGACCUGAACCACGGCAAGCCCUUCCCGCUGCCCGCGCUGCGCCCGCCCGACGAGCCCUGCCUCACCGGGACCACGCUGCCGCCCCCACCAGACGAACGGGAGCACGUGUGCCGCCGCUGGGUGGGCGGGUCGCACACGCUGAUGGUGGGCAACGUGACGCACGAGCGCGCCGGCGCCAGCCAGCUGCGCGCCGCGCCCACCAAGCGGUACGCGGGCUAUGGCACCGACGGACGGCUGUACAUGCUGGAGGAGGAGCUGCAGCCGUGCCUGGAGUGCAACCGCUUCAGCCCGCAGGCGGCCGAGGCGGGCGCCGGCGACUCGCACGCCAAGCGCUCCCACCCCGCCAAGCAUCCCUCGCCUCACAAAGAAGAGGCAGCAGGCGACAAGGCCGCGGAAGUAGAAGAAGACAAGAAGGAGAAGGCAGAGGAGGAAGAAAACGAAGGGUCGGUGAUGUCGGUGGUACCGAGCCACCACCCCCCGCCCUUCGUGGCGGAGAUGUUCAGCAAGCUGCAGCUGAACUAGCUGGGAGGUAGGGCUACUGAGAAGGAGGGACCUGGUGCGCGGUCUACGUCCACCAUCGAUAAACACAUUGAUAAAUUCAACUGACUUGUUUUACUAUGUCAUUGAAACAUCGUUUAUUUCUUACAUGAUUUAUGGUAUAUUUUUUACUUCCUAUUUGCUUUUUAAACACUCUACUGUAUGAAAUGGCGCAGUCGUUCGAAGUUUUAGAUUUUUUACUGAAUUUCUUGAAGUCAAUAAAACGAACUCUUUAUUUCAA